AUGUUUAAUACUACACUUCUCAAACACUCUUUUUUGCAGGACGUUAAAGCUGUAGUCACACACUCAAUACAUUGCACACUAAAUUCCAUUGGUGGCAUACAGGUACUCUUUCCAUUAUUCUCGCAACUGGAUAUGGCGCAUGAGGGCAUUAGCGAUAUAAAACGUGAUCCAACGCUGUGUUCCAAACUUUUGGGUUUCAUUUGCGAAUUAGUCGAGACGUCACAAACCGUACAACAACAUAUGAUACAGAAUCGUGGAUUCCUAGUCAUUUCGUUUAUGCUACAACGUUCGUCGCGCGAACACUUAACUUUAGAAGUUUUGGGUUCAUUCUUAAAUUUAACCAAAUAUUUGGUGACAUGUCUAUCGGCGAAUAGUGACUUAUUAUUAAAGCAGGUGAGUUUUGCGAAUAUUCCAAUAAAAUGCAAAUGA